AUGGCAGAGCUUCAGUUGGUGGCGGAGUCUGCUUGGGAAGGAUAUGAAGCCUUGCUGGAUUCGCAGGGCUUGGCUACAGAUAUUGCCACAGCUGCGGUUCUAAACUGUGCUUCUGAUGUGGUGGCGCAGCUAUCGGAGAUGCAAGGGAAGGACAGCCAAGCAUUGCGUGCAGAACGAGCCCUUCGAUUCGCAGCCUUUGGGUCGUUGGAUGGCUGCGCGGGCCACUACUGGUUCACACUCCUCGACACUACGUUACCAAAAUCUGGGGACGAAGUCGUUGACACGGUGGCCAAGGUGUUGGCAGACUCCACGGUAUAUACGCCCUGCUGGUGCGUGACCUUUCUGUUUGUCAUGGCGCUGCUGGAGGGGCGAGGGCCGGAAAGAGGCAUGCUUGAGGUCCGGCGCGAUUUUUGGAGCCUCCUGAAGGGCAACUAUGGUAUCACGUUGCCCUUCGUUGCCUUGAUCUACGGUUUGUCUCCAGUAAGGUAUCAGGUCGCCUGCUUCGCUGCACUUACGCUGGCAUACACCAUCGUUCUUGCCUCAGUUUAUCCUGUAAGUGGCGAUGCUUCGUUGCUCUAUGAAGUUGGAGAGGCCAUUGCUCGGGAAAUUCCAAACAAGCUGAAACGGAAAGAGCUUUUUGAAGCUUAUGAAGUGGCAUGCCUCGUGCGGCGGCAGACACGGCGGCAGAACUCCAACAAUACACAUUAUGCGCCUGACACGGUGGUAGACCUUUGCGCAGGUUGCGGUCUACUGGGUUUGUUUCUGGCUCUCAUGUGGCCACAGGCAAAAGUCAUUGCCAUGGAUCGGCGGCAGUCUGCCGUAUCUCUGAAGCUUUCAGACUGUGCCAUCAGAUGCUGGCCACAGCUGAAACACAGAUUUGUCUGGAAAGUUUGCGAUUUGAGGCGCAAGCCUGUAGACAACGCUGCUCAGUCGAUCAGCUUGCCUUCCAACUGCAUCGUUGUGGCAUGUCACGCGUGUGGCUUGCUCACAGAUGAGGUGAUUGCUGCAGCUUGCUCCGAAAGCCUGAGGCCCAUGGUUCUCGUCGACUACCGACCGAUUUUCUUGCAGUUUUUAAGGUCGCCAAGGCCCUGCGUGCUUUUCCUGCUGACACGGCUCCAGGUCCUUCUGGGCUCCGGGGCCAACACCUGCAUGAGGCUCGUCAGCCGGGCGACGCCCUUGCCUUUGUUGAACAGCUCGCGGCCAUUGUCCGAAGCAACAGGUGAGGUCAUACGGGCCUGGCUGGCGAGCCAACGAGCUGCGGACAACCGCAAAGUCCUGCUCAAACUGGACUUUGACGCCUUCAACUGCGUUUCGCGACAUGCCAUGCUUGCGGCCGUCAUCGCCCAGUUUCCCACCCUGGCCCGCAUUGCUGUGUGGUGCUAUGCCCAGCCCACCCACCUGCAGUUUGGCAGUGCUCGCACCAUCCCGUCGGCCGGAGGCCUGCUGCGCCACUUUCCGCCGGAGCUUUUGCGCACCCCCGAUGGCGCCAGUCGCAUCUUGGGGCACCGAUUGGGGAAGGGUCUUACGUUGCCUCCCACACUGCCGCAAGGGCACAAGCCGCCCGUUCCCUUGCUUCAAGCCCUAGGUGAGGAGGACCCCCAGGCGCUUGAUGCCCUUGGGCAGGACUGCUCUAGCUCACCUCCAUUUAACAGACCGGCAGAACAGGCUGCCCGAGACCUGGCCCACGCAGGGCGUUCGGUUGUCUUUGACAGCCUGCUGCAUGCUAGCCUCCUCCAAGAGCUCUCCGUGUUGCUCCGCAAGACAGCACAUCAAGACAUUGUGGAAAUCAACUUCUACGACAGUUACAAGCUCGGCAAGAAGCUGGGACAGGGAACCUUUGGACAAGUCCGAAUGGCAAAAGAUAAGCUGAAUGGUAAGGAGUUGGCCGUGAAGAUUGUGGAUGUGCGCCACUAUGAUGACAAGACGGGCGUGUGCACGGGCCAAAUCAGCCGAACUCGCAACAAAGCAACCAGAGAUGAGAUUUUGCUAUGGAAGCGUGUUUGUGCCGCCGAGUGCGAGCAUGUCGUACUGCUUCAUCGGGCUUUCUCCGACAAUGCACUAUACUACAUGGUUUGUGAAAGAUGCAAGCGCUCAAUGCUGGACAUGACAGUCGACGGCCUGACAGAGGCAGACCUAUCUGACAUCUUCAAGCAGAUGAUCAAAGGAGUUUUGCACACACACAGAGCCGAAAUUGUCCAUCGAGACGUAAAACCUGAUAACUUUUUGUGGGGUGGUCCAGAGCAUCGCACGCUGAAGUUGUGCGAUUUUGGCCUUGCAGCUGCCAUGCCGCAGUCAGGAAAGCUGUUUGGAGUCUACGGAACCGCCCCUUACAUGGCGCCGGAGAUGUUGACCAACGUAGGCUACGACUACCUGGUCGAUAUUUGGUCACUGGGAGCCGUUGCUUUUUUAUUGACUUACGGCAGAUUUCCAUAUACCCCCGUGGAGCAGACAUCUGCAUCAAUGAAAGAGUCGAUCAUCAAGGAUUCGCCGCCCUUGCACAUAGGAACGGAAAGAGUUGCAGAGGGCACGCCGUGCUCUGACAGUCUGCUCAGCUUCAUCCAGUGCACACUGUCACGAGACCCUUCGGCACGGCCUAGAGCAGAUACGGCACUCGAGCAUGUCUUCUUCGUGGAAAGCCAAGCGCCAGAGGUCGGAGCAGUCGGAGAUGAGGAACACGAAGAAGGUGAAGAUGAUGAGUUUGAUGAGAAGGAGGCCUCAGGCAUGUCAGGCCGACCGAUGACGCACAUCCGAUCACUGACGCAUAAGAUGACCACCCGACCAAGCGCCACCGUUCAGAACGGAAUCGACGAGCUGCUCCAGAAGCUUUUUGUUAAACAUGGUGGAGAAGCUGCUGGUUCCAACAUGUUCUUCUCCGAAGGAGAUGAAGACACAGAACGCAAUCAGGACGACAGUUCGCCUACGAUCUCGCAGGCCGACUGCAGAAUUCGCAAGAAAAAUUCACGACGAAACGUGAAACACGUGACCCAUUCAGGAGUUUUGUCGCCAGCCGCAGUGCCGCUGGCACGCUCCAGCACUGCUUCUUCAAAUUCAGGGGAGGCCCCUGGGGGUGCUGGCUAG